AUGGCUAGUGAUGUUGUAACCAUGAAAGCUCCACGUAAAACUAGAGGCAAUAAAAGCCUUAGAAUGUCACUUGGAUGUGGUCGACAAAGCACGAGAUUGCUGGGAAUUCUCAGUACAUCAGGCCUGGUGGGAUUUGCAAAGACAAACAAGUCAUUCAUCGGACAACUUGCUGAAAUGGACUAUACAGGCAAGUUUAUCUAUUGUGCUCCAUCUGAUACGUUUAGUGGCAAAAUCGUGUUCGGAAAUUAUAAGAUAUCAUCGAACUCCUCUCUUUCUUACACUCCAAUGAUCGUAAAUCCAAUUUCCACUGCGUUGUAUUACAUCGGCUUGAGAUCCAUAAGUAUCAACGACAUGUUGACUUUUCUGGUGCAAGGCAUUCUUGCCGAUGGAACUGGAGGAACGAUCAUUGAUUCAACGUUUGCAUUCAGCUAUUUCACACCAGAUUCCUACACCCCUCUUGUGCAAGCCAUACAAAACCUCAACUCCAACCUUACUAAAGUAUCGAGCAACAAAACUGCAGCACUGCUUGGCAAUGAUAUUUGCUACAAUGUUUCUGUAAAUGGUGACACACCACCACCACAAACUCUGACUUAUCACUUUGAGAAUGGCACACAGGUUGAAUUUCGGACAUGGUUUCUGCUAGAUGAUGAUGCUGAAAAUGCUACUGUAUGCUUGGCUGUUGGAGACUCGCAAAAGGUGGGGUUCUCACUGAAUGUUAUAGGAACCUACCAGCAGCUGGAUGUGGCAGUGGAGUUUGAUUUGGAAAAGCAGGAGAUUGGAUUUGGAACAGCAGGAUGCAAUGUCAGCAUGAACCUUGACACUUCUUCUGGUUUUACAUACAUCUUCGUGUGGAAAUCUUCUACAACUCAAAUGUUUUCUUUUCUUCCUCUCCUGACGUAUCUCCUGCUUGUUUAA